AUGGAUAGGUUUGAGAAGCGUCUUAAUCAAGUUAAUAUGGGUACUCCAAAAAAUCCAGUUAAUUAAUAAUCUACUCUUAAGUAAACUGAGGGUGCAAAGAGUUAUGCUUCUUUUAAUGAUUUUAAUAAGUUUGGAGAAUAAUUAGAUAAUGAAGCUAUAAAUUUGAGAUCAUAAGUUUAAAUUUUAGAAGGCAAACUAUAAUUUUAUGAAAGAGAAUUUUAAAUCAAAGUAAAAAUAAUAUUGAUACAAAUUUAAGUAAGCAUCUCUAGAAAAAAGAAUAUAAUAAUUGAUAUCUACAUCGUCCCAACUAACUUAAUAAAAUACUUAAUUAAAAUUAUAAUAAUCAGCCUUAUUGAAUGAAUAUCAAAUUCUUCAAGACAAAUUAAUAUCAUAAGAGUAAGGAUAAAAAGAGUAUGAAGAGAAAGUUAGAUCUUAAAUUGAUGAUUUUAAUAAAUUUCAUAUUGAAAAAGAAUAAUUGAUAUAAUAUGCAAACAAAUGUAGAGAGAGAUCAAAAUAAAGAAAAAUUAAAGUUAAAGAUUUGACAGCUAAAGUAUAAGAAUUAUAAGAAUAAGUUAAAUAAUAUGAAUUAUAAUGUGAUUAAGCCAAUAUUGAAAAAUAAUCAAUUUAUGAUUAACUUCACUAAUAAAUUGUAUAAUUGUCUGAAUAAAAUGAAGAAUGGUAAAUGAAAUAUGAAACUAUAGUGGAAAAUUUUAAGAAUCAUUUGGCAAAUUAAACUGAUGACAAUUAAGAUGAAUAAUUGUUAACUACUCAUACUAUUUUAGAUUAAAGAGAAGCUUAAACUGUUUAGUAACAAUUAGAGAAUCUAAGUUUAUUAAAUAAGGAAUUAAACUAAUUAUUAAAUCAAUUAAAGAAUCCUAAUCAGAUUAACCCUUAAAUAUUUGAAAUGCCUUAAAUAUAAGAAAUAGCAGAUAUUUUUGUUAGAAUGAUAGAAAAGUUGAUGGAAUUAUAAUAAAAAAAGAGUUAAUUAAAAGAGUAAUUAAAAGUAUAUUAUAUUCUAAAAUAAAAUUUAUAGUAAAAUCAAUUUAAUUUGUAGUAGUAGGCUUCAAUAAAAUCUAGUUCUGGGAAUUAAAGUCCAAAUAUUAAUGAUGAGAGAACUAAAAUGCUCUUUGAAUAAAGAAUACUUGAAUUAGAGCAGUAUGAAUGAUUUAAUGCUAGAUUCUAUUAGAGGGAUAAGACAUAAGAAAAAGUUAGAUCCAUCACUUAACCAAAAUACAAUGAUCGAAAAUAAAAAUAAGUAAUUUCACUCAUAAAUUAAAUGUUGGAAGAAUUUCUUAGAUAACAAAAACAUCUAUCACUUUUGAAUCUUCGUUUAAAUGAAAUGUAAUAUGAUCCAAACUUAAAACUGAAUAAAAGAUUAUUUAAAAUUGUUGCUUGGGUAAUAAUAGGUAUAACUCGUAUUAAGAAAAUAAAGAAUUCUUCUUAUUAUUAAUAAGUUGUAUAAUAUAAGAAAUUGAAUAUAGAGAUGCCAAUAUUGGAUUCGUUCAAUUAAAUAUUAGAGCUCAUUAAUAGUCAAUAAUCUUUAAUUGACACAUUGUAGAGAGCAAUUUAAUAAAAAGGAUCUGAUGGAGGAUUUUAAGAGUAAGAAAUAUAGUAGAUGGUGGAUUAAGAAUUAAGAUAAUAAUUGAUGGCUUUAUAGAUUGAACUUGAUAAUAAUAAUAAAAAGAUGUUGGAGUAUAAAAUAAAAUCAGAAUAAGAUAUAGAAGAAAGGGAUCAAAUUAUUCAUGAUUUGUAAUAAUAACUUUCAGAAGUUCCAAAUGAUUACAAUUAAGAAUUAUUGGAACAUUUAGAAGAACAAACCAAUAGAGUUAAAAAUAUUGAAGAUGAAUUCAAUUUAUUGUAAGAUCUUGUAAAUUCGUUAAUGUGA